AUGGAGGAUUCGGGCAUCCAGCGAGGCAUCUGGGAGGGAGAUGCCAAGGCUGUCCAGCAGUGUCUGACAGAUAUUUUUACCAGCGUUUACACCACCUGCGACAUCCCUGAGAAUGCUAUAUUCGGUCCCUGCGUCCUGAGCCACACUUCCUUGUACGACAGCAUAGCUUUCAUAGCUCUCAAGUCCACAGACAAGAGAACGGUCCCUUACAUCUUCCGGGUAGACACCUCAGCGGCGAAUGGUUCCUCGGAAGGUCUCAUGUGGCUGCGUCUGGUGCAAUCAGCCAGAGAUAAAGAAGAGCAGAACCUUGAAGCCUAUAUAAAAAACGGACAGCUGUUUUACCGCUCUCUCCGCAGGAUUGCCAAAGAUGAGGAGUUACUAGUUUGGUACGGGAAAGAACUGACCGAGUUACUCUUGCUCUGCCCCUCUAGAUCCCACAGCAAAAUGAAUGGGUCGUCCCCUUACACAUGCCUGGAGUGCAGCCAACGUUUCCAGUUUGAGUUCCCCUAUGUAGCGCAUCUGCGCUUCCGCUGCCCCAAGAGACUUCACGGCGCUGAUCUGAGCCCCCGAGAGGAGCAAGGCGGCGGCGUGGGCACCAAGGAUCACGGGGGCGGCGGCGGUGGCAAGGACCAGCAGCAGUCGCAGGAGGCACCCUUGGGUCCCGGCCCCAAGUUCUGCAAAGCCGGCCCGGUCCACCACUACCCAGCGCCCUCCCCCGAGAGCGGUAACCCGCCGGCGGCUGGUGGCGGCAGCGGCGCGAAGCCGUCCACGGACUUUCACAACCUGGCGCGGGAGCUGGAGAACUCCGGGGGCGCCAGCAGCUGCUCCCCGGUGCGGAGCCUCGGCGGCGGCAGCAGCCACCAGGAGGCGGAGCUGAGUCCCGACGGCAACGCCGCAGGCGUGGGCAAAGGGAAGAGGAAGUUCCCGGAGGAGGCGGCCGAGGGCGGCGGUGCGGGGCUGGUGGGGGGCCGGGGCCGUUUCGCCGAGCGGGCCCUGCCCGCCUCCAAGGAGGACCUGGUGUGCACGCCGCAGCAGUACCGCAACUCGGGCAGCUACUUCAGCCUGGAGGAGAACGGCCGCCUCUUCGCGCCGCCCAGCCCCGAGACGGGAGAGGCGAAGCGCAGCGCCUUCGUGGAGGUGAAGAAGGCGGCCCGGGCGGCCGGGGGGCCGGAGGAGGCGGCCGCCGAUGGCGGGGGCGCGGUCGCCGAGGAGCAAGACGCGGGCGGCGGCGGCGGCUCCUCCUCCACGCCCGUGGCCGCGUCCCCGGCCGGCACCGAGAAGCUGCUGGCCCCGCGGCCCGGGGGCGCGCUGCCCGGCCGGCUGGAGGGCGGCAGCCCGGCGCGGGGCAGCGCCUUCACCUCGGUGCCGCAGCUGGGCGGCGCGGGCGGCGGCGGCGCGGGGGGCGGUGCGGGCGCUGGGGGCAGUUCGGGUGGGGCGGGCGGCGGCCAGGGCGCAGCGGCGGACGAGCGCAAGAGCGCCUUCUCGCAGCCGGCGCGCUCCUUCUCGCAGCUGUCCCCGCUGGUGCUGGGCCAGAAGCUGGGCGCUCUCGAGCCGUGCCACCCCGGCGACGGGGUGGGCCCCACCAGACUGUACCCCGCCGCCUCCGACCCGCUGGCCGUGAAGCUCCAGGGAGCGGCGGAGCUGAACGGAGGUUGCGGGGCCCUGCCGAACGGCGGCGGCGCGGGCGGGCUGCCCAAGCAGAGCCCGUUCCUCUAUGCCACCGCCUUCUGGCCCAAGAGCUCCGCCGCCGCGGCGGCCGCAGCAGCGGCGGCCGCGGGGCCCCUGCAGUUGCAGCUGCCGUCGGCGCUCACGCUGCUGCCGCCCUCGUUCACCUCGCUGUGUCUGCCCGCGCAGAACUGGUGCGCCAAGUGCAAUGCCUCCUUCCGCAUGACCUCUGACCUAGUGUACCACAUGAGGUCGCAUCACAAAAAGGAGUACGCCAUGGAGCCCUUGGUGAAGCGACGGCGGGAGGAGAAACUCAAGUGCCCCAUUUGCAACGAGUCCUUCAGGGAGCGCCACCACCUCUCCAGGCACAUGACCUCGCAUAAUUGA